AUGGCGUCGUGGUAUCAGGACAAUUCCGGCACCCCAGAAAGUCUGCUUGGACGCAACGACGCGGUCCAACAUUGCAAGAAAAGGCGAGCAAGUCAUGUGUGUCAGGGCUGCCGGAAGAGAAAAGUGAAAUGCGACCUUGUCGUCUCCGGCACUCCUUGCAGCAACUGCCGCGAGGAUGGGAUUGCUUGCAUUGAGCUAGAGUCCAAGAGGGGCAGAAGAUAUCGUCAACAAAAGCGUCGACUUGACCAUGCCGCCUCAAAUCCAUCCCCUCCUUCUUCCAGCGCAUUCGACCGGGGAUCUUCAGCAUGCAAUGUCGCACCGAGCUCACACGAACACAUUCCAACGCAAGCGGCAAAUGCUCUUUCAUAUCCUGAAGAGAGUGCUAGUUGUCUCGAUGGCUACAUCUCUGCAUCGCGGCAAGUGUUGUCGCAGCUAAGCCACUUCGUCGAACUACCAGCUUAUGUGAAAGCCAUCCACGCCGGUUUCGACUCUGAGAAUAUAGGGGUCCUUGCCAGCCGUGGGGCACUGGCUAUACCUGAGGCUGGCGUACGUGAUGAACUUAUCGGGGCCUUUGUGUUAUAUGUCCAUCCGUACAUGCCGGUACUUGAUCUCCAGGAUUUCUUCCAAUCUAUUCACCAGACUGAGAAUUCAAAUCCAUGCAGUCUCAUCCUGCUCCAAGCAGUCAUGUUUUCUGGCAGUGCAUUUGUAGAUAUGUCAGUGCUUGAAACAAUGGGUUUUCGGACGAGGAUAGAUGCUCGGAAAGCAUUCUACAUGAAGGUCAAAUAUCUUUACGAAUUUGACUGGGAACCGGAUCCUGUUCCGGUCAUACAAGCCCUCCUGCUCAUAACCUGCUGGUUUGAGUCUCCAGAAGACAAGAAAGACCCAUGGUAUUGGCUAGGAGUGUGUCACAUAUUAGCGAAAAGGAUCGGUCUCGGAAGUCACCAUAAGACAUUGAGGAACCCACCAAAAGCAAGAGGACUUUUGAAUCGCCUCUGGUGGGUGUGUAUAUUCCGAGACCGUAUGCUUGCUAUUGCUGCACGGAAACCGUUGCAAUUCAGGGAAGAGGACGUUAUGCCAUUGCUCACGCUAGAGGAUUUCGAGACCCAACCGAUCGAUGCCGGGAUCGAUUCACUACGUAACUCCGCAGUUCUCAAAGACCCGGAAAUCAGACAAACGUUGGCGCGUUUGUGUAUAGAAAAGAUCAAAGUUGGUCUUUUGAUAACACGAAUUCUCACUUGGAAUUAUUCACCGUCCAGCAUUUCCGAAUCCCUCAUGUCGAGUGUCAUGUUAUAUUCUCCCAAUCACCAUAUGAGCAACCUGGACGAGAAUAUUAAGUUGCGUUGCAAUCUAGAGGAAUGGCAAAAGGCUUUGCCCGAUGAUUGUGUAUUUACGGAACCAUCGAUAUAUGCUCAGCCAUGGGCCCUCGACGAGGAAGUGCUUUUUGUACAUCGUGCAGUUCUGCACAUGUUCUCAUUGAUGACUCUUGGCCUGUUUUAUAGAGCCUUACUCUCGGCAAAGACAGAUCCAACCCAUGAGAGCCAUUUUCCUCGGCAUGAUGUGAAACGGGAAGUUGCCAAAGUGGCCGAUGAAACAGCCAGAAUGGCUCGACUUUUCUGUGAGCAAAACCUGGUGCAAAAACUGCCGAUUUAUGCCACCACUUUCUUCAUUUCCGCGCUCCCGACCUUCCUCGUCGGAGUAAAAUCUCCCACCGAAGCGCUGUGUGGCGACUCGAGAUCGCAGUUUCGCUGGUGCAGUGAAGCAAUUUUUCAGCAGCGAGACAUCUGGCCCACGGCUGGCCAUGCGUAUGCUAUGAUCCAAGAUAUGGUCUCUAGGGCUCAGCUUCAAGAUGCGCAGGGCCUUAUUCGCGAGAGCCUCUCCCCAGAUGAUCCAGGAAACGAUACUAUGUUUCCAAACCGUGGACUUGGACCUGAUUUAAAUGCAUAUGGAGGGACUGGAAUGACACUACCAGCCGCGGCGCCUUCCACGCUUAUUCCAGACGGAAACCGGAACAUAGUAGGUGUUCUCCCCGAGAACACAAUGGAUGGGGCAGGAUGGGUAGAAUUUAACGCUCUCUUUAACCAAUAUUGCAAUUCAGCCGAGGCGUACCCAACAGGCUAG